AGAAGGCAAAGGAUUCCAGCCUCCCGACUCGCCUCCUCCAGGUUUAGCUCUCUAAUUCAUCAUCUGCAUGGCAGCCACAGCAGGAAGAGCCAAGGCAGAAUGGCGUGGCAGGGGCUGGUGCUGGCUGCCUGCCUCCUUGCACUCCCCUCCACCACAGCAGACUGCCUGUCCCGGUGCUCCUUGUGUGUUGUGAAGACCCAGGAUGGGCCCAAACCCAUCAACCCCCUGAUUUGCUCCCUGGAAUGCCAGGCCGCCCUGCAGCCCGCUGAGGAGUGGGAGAGGUGCCAGGGCCUUCUGUCUUUCCUCACUCCCUUCACCCUCGGGCUUAAUGGCAAGGGAGACUUGGAGAGCAAGGCAGCUGUGGAAAAGCCCUACAGGGAGCUGGCGAAGCACGCGGGGCCCUUCUUGAAGGAGCUGGAGGAAAACAGAUUCCUUCUCAGAACCCCAGCAGAGGAGAAUGAUCUGAGCAGCAGCCUGGCAGAGAAGCUCAGGGGUCUCUCUGGCAGGUUGGGGGAGGAAGCAGAGUCUGAGCUGAUUGGGGGGGCCCAGCUGAAUGAUGGUGCCACGGAGGCUGGAACACUGGAUUCCGAUGAGGAGGACCCCAAGGAGCAGGUCAAACGUUACGGGGGCUUUUUGCGCAAAUACCCCAAAAGGAGCUCAGAGGUGGCUGGAGAUGGGGAUGGGGAUAAGGUGGGCCAUGAGGACCUGUACAAACGCUAUGGGGGAUUCUUACGACGCAUCCGUCCCAAGCUCAAGUGGGACAACCAGAAGCGCUAUGGCGGUUUUCUCCGGCGCCAGUUCAAGGUGGUUACUCGGUCUCAGGAAGACCCCAAUGCCUAUUACGAAGAGCUUUUUGAUGUGUAAACACCUCUCCAUCGUGGAGUUGAUUCAGGAGCUUCCCGUAAUGCCCUUCCAGAUUGGAGUGAACGCAUUCAUCUGCCCCUAUAGCCCCCACCCCUACGCUCAGUUCAGCAUUGUCUAUAAGACAUCCAAACCUAGCCUGCCUCUCUUCUGCCUGGGUGCAGUGUUUGUCUGGGUCAGUGAGGCGGGAGGAUGGAGGUUCCCCUGUCCAAUAGGCUUAGCGCUUGGCUCCGACCCUACAACUCUAAAACUACCACCAGCAGCAGCUUUUGGUAUCAAUCCCAUUCAUGUGACUCCCCAGUUCCAGGAAUCCAGACUGACCCCUUGAUCCCUCUGGAUCUAUGAUCAGGCAUUCUGGUCAAUGCCCCUCUCAGAAGAAAAAUGAGCAUUCCCCCUCUCAUGCAGAUAUAUUCAUUUAUAUAGUAUAUGCAUGUAUCAUAAAACAUACUAAAGGUAGAAAUUUAAAACAAGAUAGAUAAAUAAAAAUCCUAACAUUCUAUUCUCAGACCUCAAAAAAUCUCCCUACAAUGGAGAGAGAUAUUUUUUUUUAGGUAAAAAGCUUAAACAUUGCCUUUUAUUGGAGCAGGUAUUCCUACACUAGAGAGUUCGGGCUCCCAGUGGGUUAAAUGUUCAGUCAUUGUACUCUGAGUUCACAUAGUUUAGAAACACACCUUUUGAAGAACCCAGUUCCUGGACUCCAGUCCAUGUUGGUACCCUGGACAGCAUCCAACUUCUCACAGGAGAGGAAGGGAGUGAAAAUCCCUUUCUGAAAAGGUUAAUGAGAGCAGCUCGCCUUCUGAAUGCUGAAAUGAUCAAGGGGGGGUGGGGGAAGCCAGGAAAACCAAUUUGUUCUGUGCAACAGACUCAAAAUGUGGACCAGUUCCCUCAUCCCUCAUUAAACAAAUUAAACUGAUCGGUAUCACACUCCAACCCCAGGAUGAACCGACUGCUGAGUCAAGUUGAUGAGGUUAAGCACAACCAUGUUCUUGAGUAGCUGAAUCCGCCUCCAAGAGUCCAAGCCAUCUGGACAAACAUAUGCAUUGGGCCUUGGGUAAGGGAAUCCAGAAGCAACAGCUAGAAAGAGGAAGAGGCCCUCUUUAGCUCCCAUGGUGAUCCUUUCCUCUUAAUGCAACUAGAAAGAGGAAUGAAAUGAUUAAGUGCUUGAGGACAAACGAGUUCCCUUGAUUCAAAUAACCCAGAAGCAGAGGCAGGGACCUUAAUCUAAGUCCUCUUCUCUGUCUCUCUGCCUUUCUCUGUCUCUGUCUGUCUCUCAAAUCUCUCAAUCGCUCUCUCCCUCCCUCCCUCCCUCCCUCCCUCCCUCCCUCCCUUUCUCUCUUUUUCUCUCUCUUGUCC